AUGAUCAUGAACCGGAAAACGCCCAAAAUUGAUUCCAUGAUCGCGGUCGCACUCGUGAGUUCCUUUUCUGAGGCAGCCCACGCCCUCCGCACCGCCCCCCCAGUCUCCCCGCAAGAACUCGUCCAUGCACUUCAUGUGCUGCAACAGCUUGCCUCCAGUGAAGGCAGGCCAGUGCACUUGCCGGAGGCUCAGUUGCUCCUCAGCCUGUCUGCUGCUGUGUCCAGCCUGCCUGCCAGCGCUCGCGUGCAUCUACCUUGGGCCUGGGGCCAAACCGUGCAACCUGACGGCUACAUCCCGGCAACCGCCCAGGAAGCCAUCCUUCAUGCGUUUCUUGGGGAAGCAGCUGCGUCCAGGCGGCCCCCAUGCCCAGCACCCCGACGAGCCUCCCAGUUCAAGCUCCUCGAGCUCGAGCAGCUCGGCGCCUCCAGGGUUGAGCCAACCAUUCCUCUUCAGCCCAGCCCUGAUGCACCUUCCAGCGAACACGACUCCGGAACUGACGCUCGGUUGGGCUACCGGGCCUCCUUGGCGAACCUUGACCCCUUCACAGCUGAGGAGAUCCUAGCGCGGCCGUGCUGCCUGUUUCGGGUUCCGCCGCAGUUUUGCAAAGGUGUGUUGCGAAAGUCCCUCCAUCUGGUGUUGGAUUUGAUCCGGUCGAGCGCUCGCGCCCCUGGCGACGCGUCUGGACCCGACUCGGUCCGGGCCUGGAAGCUUUGGUUUCUCCUCCCGCGCAUGCUUUUGCACAGGCCUUCUUGCGGGGUGAAUCCCCCGCCCUCGCCUCCUGUUGCCGCUGGCGACCGCCCUGCCGCGUCUGACGAGGCACGGGCAAGGCGAGCAGUGCACCUCGCACACCUGGGUGAGUUGUCAGCCGCCCGUCAAGCGCUGACGGCUGACCCGCUCACGCCAGCCACUGAUGCCACUUUUGAGCACCUCUCUGACCCGAAUCGCCGCCCCCCCGAACCGUAUGGACCCCUUGACCCCGAGUUGCUCGCGUGGGCGCCGGCGUCACCUGUUGCGCUUGACCGUGCCGCGUUGCUCACUACUUGCGCCGGGCCCGCAAAGGGGCUGCACCAGGGCCGUCAGGCUUCACUGCUGAGGCAGUACGUGUAG